AUGUCCAAAUUGAAAAGCUCCGCCGACAACAUCUGGAAAAAUACCCCAGAGAAAGUUAACACCGAGCUCUUCACGCUCACAUACGGCUCUGUCGUGGCCCAGCUCUGCAGAGAUUUGAACAACAACUAUGGUGAAGUGAAUCGACAGCUCGACAAAAUGGGAUACAACAUUGGCAUUCGACUCAUCGAGGAGUUUUUGGCGAAAACCGGCGCCCAGCGGUGUCAGCUAUUCAAGGAAACAGCUGAAAUGAUCAGCAAAGUGGGGUUCAAGAUGUUUCUCAACAUCACUCCCCUGGUGGAGAGCUUUGGCGCUGAUGGGAAAAGCUUCUCAUUGGUGCUUACUGAAAACCCUCUAGCCGACUUUGUCGAGCUUCCUGUCACCCUGGACCCAAAGAUUCAAAAGGAGCUUUGGUACUCUCAGGUGUACUGCGGUGUUUUACGAGGAGCGUUGCAGAUGAUCCAGCUCGAUACAGACGUGUUUUUUGUAAGAGACACAUUGAGAGGAGACGACAAGACGGAAAUCAAAGUGAAGCUUAAUAAGAUUCUCAAGGAUGAGGUUCCGGCAGGCGAAGACUAA